CGUUUCCUCCCGGCGGCGGGGUAGGCUCGGCGGAUGGUCCAGAGAGCCGCGUCGAGCGCAGACGAGGCGUCGGGUUUCGCUUCGGACGCUGCUGCUCCUGCUCAGCCAUGGUGAAAAUCAGCUUCCAGCAGCCGGCGGCGGGGCUCAAGCCCGAGAAAGAGGUGGCGGAGGCGGAGGCGGCAACAGGAGCCAACUAUGGAGCCAAAGCCGAGGUCCUCUUGCCCCACGACUUGGAGGAGCAGCCCUUGCCUUUUCCAGUGGAGACCAGGAAGCCUCUUAGUCGCAUCUUCUACUGGACGUUGAUGAUGCUUUUGUUGCUCCUCGGCCUGAUUUUGACAUCGAUGUAUGUCUGCAAAUACUUCUCCUAUUCUUUCCCAAAUCAGUAUGGCCUGGAAGAUCAGGACCAGGAGAUGCUCUGCCAGCUUUUCUACGUAGACGAAUUGAGGGAGCAGCUGGAGCUGCAUGAGAACGUGAGGAUUUACCUCGGCGAGAAUUAUGAGCAGAUCAGCAUCCCAAUGCCCCACUUUGGUGAAAGCGACCCUGCAGAUAUUAUCCAUGACUUUCAGAGGGGUCUGACUGCCUACCUUGACAUCAGCUUGGAUAAAUGCUACGUCAUUGAGCUGAACACCACCACUGUCAUGCCACCUCAGAGUUUCUGGGAGCUGUUGGUUAACGUAAAGAAAGGGGCCUACCUGCCACAAACCUACAUGAUCCAGGAGGAGAUGAUAGUGACGGAACAUGUCACUGACGUGGACCAGCUUGGCUUCUACAUUUAUGCCCUGUGCAGAGACAAAGAGAUAUACAGGCUGAAGCGCAGGACUGCGAGAAGAUAUAUCCACCGACGUGCUGCUGAGACAUGUCAUCACAUCCGCCAUUUUGAAAACACCUUUGUGGUUGACACAGCCAUUUGCCAGAAGUUGUGAGAGCUGCACUCCCAAUGUAACCCUCUUGGGCUUUUCCUCUACUCAUCCAUGCAGGCGUUCUUGCUCUGUCCUCGAGAGAAUGUGUCUUAAUUUACUUUUUGCUCCCAUUGUUUGCGCAUUACUAACUUCUCAGGUCACAUGUGGCCAAACACUGGGCCUUGGGUGUCUUGGUUCUGCAUUUACAUCUAACAUUCACACUUCACUGGGCUUAAAGUUCCACAGUGACCCCAAAAUGUGAGUAUUGGGUUUCUUUUGAGAAAACUAGCACAAGAAUCUCUUCUGAAAGAGCAUGAGAAGUUGAGAAUUGGGAGGCCCUACUUCAAAUCUACCACAAAGAUAUCUGAGUGACAGUGAACCAGCCAUUCACUCUCAGCCUUACCAACUUCAUAAUACUGUUGUGAGGAUGAAUGGGGUUGGUUUGUUGGUUAGGAGCUCCUUGUAAUAAUGAAAAAGAAGAGUUGGCCUUUCUCACUAGAGUGCCACUUCCUUGUAAGGGACCCUUCUCAGCACAAAGGACCAUUUGUAUGAAUCAGUCAACAGAAAAUCUGCAGUAAAAUUAAUUCCAUAAAAGGGCAAUGAAGAUGUAUCAGUAUCCUUGCAGCUCAACAUAGAAAUUCAUGGACUUGUUAUUCUAGGUCAGAGCUUCCCAAACUUUUCACGUUUUAGACAUGCAUCAUUUUGCAACACAGCAGUUCGGUUUUGCUAGCAAGCCAGAGGUGAAACUAACCCCCUUUCAGUCUUGAGGAGCAGCGCAGGGAACAUUUGCCAGACACACCUGCAGUCAGCACUCUGACGGGUCCACAGAGUUUGGAAAGCUCUGUUCUAGGCUUUACAUAGCAGCAUUCGUUGCCUUUCUGUGCAAGCUUGCCUGCCAUUUUCUCCUCAUUUCUCUGUAAGAGGCACAAUCCGACAAUGCAAGGAAUGUGUGUACAACUGAUCUGCAUGCAAGAUUGGUCGUGUUCUCCUGAAUCUUCAGGAGAAGGAAAGGCAAACUCUUAAAAUCCCGAGUUUGUAGAACAGCAAGAAUAAACCAUUCUGGGAGAUGUUGCUGAUGAAGAGGUCAAUACAGCUGGCUCUCCCAUGCCCAGAUUGUCUCACCAUCUCCAAGUGAAACAGGGCCCACUAGUCUUUUUACCAUUGGAUAGAUAACAACUGAACUUGGACCAAAUGUUUAUCUUGAUUGACUUAUCUUUGGGAUCUUAAAUAAAUGUUUCAGAAGAUCACUUAGCAAUUCAUUUUUGCCAGAUGUUUAUAAUGGAGGUUUUGUAGAUGCAACAGCCAGAUUGAGCUCUUGCUUUGUAGGAAUGGAUUGGUUGAAAUAAUGAUGAGGACCUCCAUGCAAAUAGGUAGUAGGGCUGUGAUUCAUGUUGCCCACCCUCCACAAUAAUAAUAAAGAGAAAGGGAUUGGUAGCAUUGCAUACUGGAGGAAAUAUUGGCUCCUCAUUUCCUUCCACACUGUAUUCUACUCAUUCGGUUUCUAAACAUCAGAAGUUGAACAGUAGAUUAUGAUCCAGGUCCCUAGAUGUCUGCUCUUGUAAAAGAUUGGUUAAAACAAGAAAAAUCAAAUGCAAUUGGACUGCAGUUACACAAUUUUCUUUUUUUGUGGCAAGUGGGAAAAUGUGGUUGAGAGCACCCCUGGAUAAGUAGAGUUCAGGGAAUAUGAGGAGGGAGAGGGAUGCACAGAAAAGAGACCAACAUCCUUUGACACAGAUUCUUGCGGAUAAAUAUAAAUAACCUUCAAAAGCAGAAUGUGUUACUUUCCUUUAAGCUGGUGUGGCAAGAUCUUUGAGGCAUCACUUUGCAAACAUUGUCCCUGGGGGCAACAAGUUGUGAUCAUCACAGUUUUUAGCAGAACUUCGCUAAACACUUCCUACACGGUAAAAUUCUCCCAGAAGAUAACAGAACUGAAAGGUGUGGUUGUAUUUAAUAGUACUGGAAAUGCAAAUUGCACAAUCUGAAGCAUCUUCAUAAUGUGUCUUCUUGACCAUUGAGGGCAUUAAUGGAUCAGUCCCUGGGAGAACGUUGGUCCAGAUGUUGUGUAGGGCAUAGUGUAGGGCAUAGGAUGCUUGUGUGGGGCUGGUAGAUGGAGGAGGUGGACACAGGAAGAAAAGAUCUGAUAUUUGUCAGAAGGUUACAGAAGGUCUGAGUUGCCAACACAUCUCCAUUUCAGGAGUGUGCCUGCAUCUCAAACUGAACUCUUGGUGAUUAUCAACAAGUUUUAGGUCAGCUAUGCAUGAGCAAAUUGCUGUAUAAUAUGUGCUUCAAGUGUCCCUAUGGCAUUUGCUCCCUGCGAUGAAGUAGUGGCCUCGAGUGAUCUGCCACUGUGUUGUCGGAAACUUGCCUACCCAAAUAUAGGGCAUGAUGACACCGUCUCUGUAUGGCAAAUUGAGUGGUUUAGCCAGUGUUAAUAAUAACAAAAUGCCUAAUGUAUGGCUGCUGCAAAAUGGAGAAAAACUCAAAACAAUGCACACAUUUUGCCAUGUGGAGGUGGACUCAGUGUGAUUCCAAUUAAAGCAGUCACAACAUAGAGGCAUAUUACUUUUACCUGACCAUGCAAACAGAAUUUUCAGCUCCUUUUGAGGUAUGCACUCUGCUUGGUUAGGAGUAAUGUUCAAAUUCCUAUUGAUUUUCAUUGCAAUUUCACCUGAAUGGUACAGAUCCUGAAGGGAAAGGAGCAUCAUAACAGUUUCUUUAGUGAGCAUCCUGGCACAGUAAUAAAAAUUGGGCUUGCAUUUUCUUCUGCGCUACUCAAGUUGGAAAUCCAACCUUUUUGUGUUUGGUUGUGGCAUGUUUUAAGCCAGUCAUUAACCUUGGUAACUUUGUGCAAAACCGGAAACACAAGGACAAGGCCUUAGUUCUUUGCUGGAGCUAAAGAUGAUUCAAAGAACAGGACAUCAGUUAUCUGGUGACGAGAUUGGGGGGGGGGGGAGAAAGACCAUUAAAUGCUUUAUAUAUUUUGUCCGAAAGAAAUCUUACCUUUUAGGAGAAAUGAAUGAGAUAAUAAAAUAUUUUACUUCUG